UAAAACUCUCAGAUUAACAGAUGACAGUUAUACAGCAGGUUUCUGGUAACAGAAUGAAGAUCAUCAUGUUUUUCCCACUUUUGCUUCUGGUCUGCUCUGUUUCAGCAGAUCAGACUGAGACUGCAGGCCAACAAUCCUGUCCACAGGACAUCCAUGCUGUGCUGAGAGAGCUGACCGCCUCAUUGGCUGUGCAGAAUGAGCGGAUCACUGUCCUACAGAGAGAGAAUCAAGAACAAGCAGCAAAACUGGAGAGUCAGAGGACUGAGACUGAUCAGCUGAAGCAGCAGCUACAAGUCAAACAGGUGGCUUUCUCAGCCUCUCUGCUGGAGACAGGAAGUGGAUUUACUGGACCCUUUAACACUCAGAGUACUCUGAUCUUCAAAUAUGUUGUCACAAACAUUGGAAAUGCCUACAACAAACACACAGGUAUUUUCACUGCACCAGUGAGAGGAGCCUACCACUUUGUCUGGACCAUACUUGCACAUGUUGAUGGCGUUGCAGGUGCUGUGUUGUUCAGGAACGGAGAGCACAUUUUUCUUGCAUACGGAAAUCAAGGAUCUGGUGAUGUGAGUGGCUCUCAUGGAGCCUCACUGCUUCUAGAGGUUGGAGAUCAGGUGUCUGUACGUCUUUGGAAAGAUGCAAAGAUAUAUGAUAAUCAGAACCAUCAUAACACCUUCAGUGGUCAUCUGAUCUUCACCAUGUGAGAGGUGUGACAACUCCAACACUUCUUGUUUGGGCUGCCCUGUGUGGGCGGAGCUUAGCCAUUUUUAGAAGUAAAACAGGAAGUAAAUCACCUGCUGGAAUCAGUUUCUUGCUCUCUCUCUCUCUCUGGUUGGUUCUAGUUUUGUGUUUAUCUGUUUCUACUUCUCCUCUGAUUCUACUGACUCAGAUAAUUUACUUCUUAUCAUUGAUUCAAAUAAAUCCAGUUAAAUGCUCAGUGAUUCUCUUCUCUUUGUCCUUUCUUUGAGUCGGCUCUUCAUAAAGUGCUGCUCCUCCAUCAGGUCAUGACUAUUUUCUAUAAGUUGAUAAACUGCAUUAUUCUUUAUUGGCUCCACUGUCCUGUGUUGGUCAGUCUGUUAUUUUGGUGACUGCUGGCCCACAUGUUUGCUUUUAACUGGAGUCUUUCCUGUUAAGUUGAGCAAAAUCCAACAGUUCCUCUUUUUUCUCUUCUUUGAUAAUCAUGCAGGUAUUUUUCUUAAACACUUAACAGAUGUUACAUUUAAUCUGACUAUCAUGAUAAAAAUGUAAACAGCUGAUUUAGGUUGAUAUAAAAAUGUGUGUCAGUGCUGUGGAGGAAUUUCUAGAAGCUGAAAUGUUUCCUUAUUUUUCAUCUGAAUCUGAAUCCAGACACAGAUAACUGACUGUAAACUUACUCGGGUUCAUUUCUUUCAAUUCUUUAGUUUCACAAUAAAAGCAUCAUUGAAC